UUGAACUGACGUCACGAAGUGGGCGUGGCUUCACAUUGUCAACAUCCCUGUGACAUAAUCAGUCUCUCCAAAAUGGCGACGGUGGAUAACAGAGAAGCGGGUCAGGAUGACCCCGAGAGUGAAGAGGAGGUGUAUGAGGUCGUGGACCUGACAGAAUAUGCCCGGAGACACCAGUGGUGGAGCCGGGUGUUUGGGAACAACUCCGGGCCGAUUGCUGAGAAGUAUUCCGUGGCCACGCAGAUCAUGAUGGGAAGGGUGACUGGAUGGUGUGCUGGUUACCUUUUCCAGCGAGUUGGGAAGAUAGCUGCUACCGCUGUUGGAGGAGGUUUUCUUCUUUUACAGAUCGCCAAUCACAGCGGCUACGUGCAGGUGGAUUGGAAGAAGGUGGAGAAAGACGUGAACAAAGCCAAGAAGCACCUGAAGAAGAAAGCAAACAAAGCAGCCCCUGAAAUAAACACAUUCAUUGAGGAGGUAAAGGCUACAGACUUCAUUAAAAGAAACAUCGUCCUCUCCAGCGGCUUCGUCGGCGGCUUCUUCCUGGGUUUGGCCUCCUAAAGCCGCGGCACACACUCCACUCACUUACUUUGAACUACAUGGGUCACUUCCCUCUACAUGGGACCUCUCAGCUCCACUUUUUUUCUGCACAUUACCAGGGAGUGUGGGGGGGGGGUUACUUUGAACAUUAUCGCAUGAUCUGUUGUGACAGUGGCAUUUACUGUGUUCCAUCUACUCCCUGGUGUCAAUCAAUACAUGCUAAAGGGUUCCCGAGGUGAGAUAUGUUUUGGGUGCUUGGACUAAACUGUGAAGACUUUCUGGAAGUUGGCACGUGUGGGCGCUGCUUUUGUAAAUACAGCUGUAAAUACCCACACAUAAAAAAACAAAAAACAAUCUAACAUAAAGAAGAGGGAGGGCACCAGAGUGGGACCCCGAAUCGGUCGGGCCUCGUUUAUAAAAUACAUAUCAUGAGAUUUAAUCUAAAUGUUCCAUCUGUGAAUAACCUCUAUUCUACAUAAUCCCUUGCUCCGGGGAGCAUCUGCUGCACCUUAAUUACCCCCAUCGAGAGCUGGACAUCAAGAGACGCCAUAAAAGGGCGACGCUGCCGAGUUAUAUCCUCAUAUUAACCAUCUAGUGUCCACUGGAGUUGAUCACAAGUUGCUUAUUAUUUUUAUUUUUUUGCCUUUUGUUACCGAUGCAAUAUGUUACAGGUGUACGUUUUUAUUCAGGGUUGAAAGUGCUUGUUAUGUCUUUAACUGGCAGAUUGUGUGCUCAUAUUUCCUCAUUGUAAUGUUGUUAAUAGAGCUGUAUGAAGCAGUUCAGUGUCUCUUUCAAAAUAAAGCUUCCUGAUAUGUUUUGA